UCCAGGAGGAGACGCACAGCAGCCGCGUCCGAGCUGCGAAUGCUAAUACGGGAUAGGACCUGUACGAUUUAUACGCCGUUUUUACUUUUAGUUGAUUAAUGAACUUUUUGAAGAUCCCAGACACUGCCUCUUGGAACUUUUAUCUCUCGGUGAAGUCAAAGGAUGUAUUACUGCUAAGUUAACACUUCAAAGAGAAGUUGGGACAAAUUUCCACCGAGAUGGGGGGGAAUUAUAAAGUUUGGAUAUUUUUACCAAUUUUAUUCUUGGUCCAUAAUUGCGAAGGAUUCAGCUGCGUGGAUAAAUACAGACCUUGUGACAAUGGAGGAACGUGCAUAGACUCACCCUCGCGAUGCAUAUGUCGGCCGGGGUACAUCGGCCCUCUGUGCCAAAGCCUGGACCCCUGUCACCGGUCGCCAUGCCUCAACGGAGCAGCCUGCAAGAGCCAGGUGGCCAACGGAAUGCCACAAUUCACCUGUGUGUGCCAGAGAGGGUUCAGAGGUCAAGACUGCUCCCUCAUAGAUGCCUGUGCCACCAGCCCCUGUGCCAAUGGUGCCCGCUGUGCCAGUUGGAAUAACCACUAUAACUGUUCCUGCCCGCCCGGGUUCCAGGGGAAGAACUGCCGCAACGAUAUCGACGAGUGCCGCAAGUCUGGCGCCUGUCUCAACGCAGGCCUCUGCAUGAACGCCCAUGGUUCCUUCCGCUGCCAGUGCCCACCUGGGUACAGCGGGCGCACCUGCGAGGUGUCCUCCCUGCCCUGCGCCCCCUCCCAGUGCAUCAACGGGGGCACCUGCCGCCCGACCGGAGAUCACACCUAUGACUGUGCCUGCCUGCCAGGGUUUGAGGGACACAACUGUGAGACGAACGUGGACGACUGCCCAGGGCAUAGGUGUAUGAAUGGAGGCCUUUGUGUGGAUGGAGUCAACACCUACAAUUGCCAGUGUUCACCUGAGUGGACAGGUCAGUACUGUGCAGAGGAUGUCAAUGAGUGCCUUAUGCAGCCCAACGCCUGCCAUAACGGAGGCACCUGCUUCAACACCAUCGGGGGGCACACCUGCGUGUGCGUCAACGGCUGGACGGGAGACGACUGCAGUGAGAACAUCGACGACUGUGCCACCGCCGUGUGCUUCAACGGCGCCACCUGCCACGACCGUGUGGCGUCCUUCUUCUGCGAAUGCCCCGUGGGGAAAACCGGUCUGCUGUGUCACCUGGACGACGCGUGCGUCAGCAACCCGUGUAACGAGGGCGCCGUGUGUGACACCAACCCCCUGAACGGGCGCGCCAUCUGCACCUGUCCCGCCGGCUUCGUGGGCGGAGCCUGCAACCAGGACAUGGACGAGUGUUCCAUUGGUGCCAACCCCUGUGAACACUUUGGGAAGUGUGUGAACACGGAGGGGUCCUUCCAGUGCCAGUGUGGCCGAGGCUACGCCGGCCCCCGCUGUGAGAUUGACAUCAACGAGUGUCUGUCCAUGCCCUGCCAGAACGAUGCCACCUGUCUGGACCGCAUCGGAGAGUUCACCUGCAUCUGCAUGCCAGGCUACAUGGGGACCUACUGUGAGGUGGAUGUGGAUGAGUGUGAGAGCAACCCUUGUGUGAACGACGGUAUCUGCCGGGACAUGGUCAACGGCUUCACAUGCACCUGCCAGCCAGGGUUUACUGGCACCAUGUGUCAGAUCGACAUUGAUGAGUGCGCCAGCACGCCCUGCCAGAACGGAGCCAAGUGUUACGACCGGCCCAACGGAUACGAGUGCCGCUGUGCUGAAGGGUACGAGGGCACACUGUGCGAGAGCAACACCAACAACUGCCAGCCCGACCCGUGCCACCACGGCACCUGCGUGGACGGCAUCGCCAGCUACACGUGUAACUGCGAUGCGGGCUACACGGGUUACCGCUGCGAGAACCAGCUGAACGAGUGCCACAGUAACCCCUGCCAGAAUGGGGGCAAGUGUGUGGACCUGGUCAACAAGUACAUCUGCCAGUGUCAGCACGGUACCUCAGGUACCAACUGUGAGAUUAACUUUGAUGACUGCGCCAGCAAACCAUGUGACUAUGGCAUCUGCAAGGACGGCAUCAACCACUACGACUGCGUGUGCAAACCAGGCUUCACCGGCCCUCUGUGCAACGUGGAGAUGGACGAGUGCUCGUCCGGACCCUGCAGGAACGGGGGGACGUGUGUGGACGAGGAGAACGGCUUCCACUGCCAGUGUCCCGAGGGCUUCCAGCCUCCCUACUGUUACUCCCAGGUGGACGAGUGUGGCAGCAACCCCUGUGUGCACGGCGCCUGCAGAGACGACAUCAACGGCUACCGCUGUGACUGUGAGCCCGGCUGGGUGGGGAAGAACUGUGACCUAGACCGUAAUGACUGUCUGCCCAGCCCCUGUCAGAACGCUGGCACCUGCAUUGAUCAGCUGAACGGAUUCACCUGCAAGUGCCGCCACGGCUUCAGAGGUAACCUGUGCCAGGUCAACAUCAACGAGUGUUCGUCCAAUCCGUGUCUGAACCAGGGCACGUGUGUGGACGGCGUGGCCAGUUUCACCUGUCUGUGUGAGCUGCCCUACAGCGGGCCCACCUGUGUCGACGUGCUCACCCCCUGCUCCCCCAACCCCUGCGCCAACCAUGCCCUGUGCACCAACACACCUGACUACCUGGGCUACCAGUGCAACUGCCAGCAAGGAUGGCAAGGUCAGCUGUGCAACAUUGACGUGAACGAGUGCAUCACCAACCCGUGUAAGAACCGUGGUACCUGCACCAACACACUGGGAGGGUUCGUGUGCUCCUGCCGCGGUGGCUUCACCGGGCCCAACUGUGAGACGGACAUCAAUGACUGUGCCCCUAACCCGUGUCUGAGUGGGGGCUCCUGUACGGACGGUGUGAACUCGAUCCACUGCAGCUGUCUGCCAGGCUUCACGGGGCCUCGCUGUGCCGUGGAGGUCAACGAGUGUCAGAGCGCCCCCUGUAAAAACGGCGGCACCUGCACAGACUACGUCAACAGCUACACCUGCACCUGCAGACCUGGCUUCACUGGCAUUAACUGUGAGACCAACAUCCCAGACUGCACUGAAAGCUCAUGCUUCAACGGAGGUACCUGUACAGACAAGAUCCACGGCUACUCCUGUACCUGUCGCUCAGGCUUCACAGGCUCCCACUGCCAGUAUGAGGUGAAUGAGUGUGACUCCCAGCCCUGCCUCAACGGAGGGGUCUGCCAGGACGCUCUGGAGUCCUUCCGCUGCUCCUGCCCCAAGGGAUACACAGGCAACCGCUGCCAGAUGCCAGUGGACUGGUGCAGACGCUCGUCUCCCUGUCAGAACGGAGGGCGCUGUCGUCAGAAGGACGCCUCCUUCUCCUGUGAGUGUCUGGGAGGCUGGUCUGGACGCUACUGUGACAUCCCUGGGGUUUCCUGUGAGGUUGCCGCGCUCAAGAGAGGCCUGCAGACAGACGAGCUGUGUCAUCACGGAGGUCACUGUGUCAACACAGGCAACACCCACUACUGUAAGUGUCCCACAGACUACUCAGACAGCUACUGUGAGAGCCAGGUGGACCACUGUGAGGACAAACACUGUCGCAACGGCGCCACCUGCAGGGGCUACGUGGGAGGAUACCAGUGUGACUGUAUGCCGGGCUACACCGGAGAGAACUGUGAGAUGGAGGUCAACGAGUGCCAGUCUCACCCGUGCCAGAACGGUGGCACCUGCAUUGACCUGGUGGGACACUACAUCUGUUCCUGCCCACCUGGCACCUUGGGUGUUCUGUGUGAGAUCAACGAGGAUGACUGUGCUCCUCCUCUGCGGCUGCGCGGAACUCCUCCUAAGUGUCUGAACAACGGUACCUGUGUGGACAGAGUGGGGGGCUACCGCUGUAACUGUCCCCCUGGCUUCACUGGAGAGAGGUGUGAGGGGGACAUCAACGAGUGUCACUCCAACCCCUGCAGCCCUGCCAACAGUCUGGACUGCAUCCAGCUCCCCAACGACUACCAGUGUGUCUGCAAGCCCGGCUUCACAGGUCGGCGGUGCCAGAGCAGGUUCAGUGUGUGUGAGUCUCAGCCCUGUCAGAACGGAGGGGCCUGUUCGGUCUCCAGCAGCUCAGCCCUUGGAUACGCCUGUACCUGUCAGCUGGGCUAUGCUGGGAACAACUGUGAGAGGAGCAUGUUGUGUCGGGAGUUGUCUUGCUAUAAUGGAGGUAGUUGUGCUCUGACCACGCGGGGCGCCCGCUGUGCCUGCCUGACAGGCUAUGCCGGGCCCCAGUGCCAGUACCGUAGUAACGAGGGCUGCUCCUCCCAGCCGUGCCGCAACGGAGGCCUCUGCACCGAGGAGACCAACUUCCCCUUCUUCCUCUGCCAGUGUGCCCAAGGCUGGACGGGCAAGCGCUGCGAGCAGGGCAGCACCAGGCUGGUAGAGACCCUUCUGCCGCCCGCCUGCUCCCUGGCCGACUGCCACGGCAAGGCCAACGACGGUGUCUGCGACAAGGAGUGCAACACAUUCCCCUGCCGCUGGGACGGGGGCGACUGCUCGCUGGCGGUGAACCCGUGGGCUCGCUGCACCGAUCCGCGCUGCUGGCGUGUCUUCAACAACAGCCAGUGUGACGAGUCGUGCAACAACGCCAACUGCCUCUACGACAACUUUGACUGCAAGAACAAGGAGAAAAUCUGCAAUCCCAUCUACGAGGCGUACUGCAUCGACCACUACGCUGACGGCCGCUGUGACCAGGGCUGUAACUCAGAGGAGUGUGGCUGGGACGGUCUGGACUGUGCAGCGAAGGUUCCAGAGAACCUGGCUGACGGGGUGCUGGUCCUGGUGGUCCUGCUACCCCCGGACGAACUCGUGAAUACGGCCCCUGCCUUCCUGCAGAAGCUCAGUGCCAUCCUGAGAACCACCCUGCGCUUCCGCCUGGACCACAACGGAGAGCCCAUGAUCCGACCCUACACCCGCCGAGAGGCGCGCCUCAAACGAGAGCUGCAGCCCCACCAGGAGGUGAUUGGGUCCAUAGUGUACCUGGAGAUAGACAACCGUCUGUGUUCCCAGCGGUCUGACGACUGUUUCCCGUCGGCCGACAGCGCAGCAGACUACCUGGGGGCUCUGUCAGCCGUAGAGAUGCUCCGCUUCCCCUACCCCAUCAAAGAAGUCCGCGGUGAGAAUAUCCCAGACGCAGACAUGCCAGAGUGGGGCAAGCUGAUGCUGGUGGGCGUGGCAGCCCUGUUCCUAUUGGUCAUCCUGGUGGUGGGCGUGCUGAUCGGCCGCAGAAAGAGAGAACACAGCACCCUGUGGUUCCCCGAGGGCUUCUUCCCCAAGAAGGAACCCAGCAGCAACAAGAACCGCAGGGAACCCUUAGGCCAGGACGCACUGGGCAUGAAAUACAUGCCCAAGACGGUGGAGGAGUCUCUGCUUGGCGACCACAGUGACUCGUGGAUCGACACAGACUGCCCCGAGGCCAAGAGACUGAAGGUUGAGGAGCCCAGCAUCCUGUCAGACAGUGAAGACACUGUAGACUGUAGACAGUGGACCCAGCACCACCUAGCGGCUGCAGACAUCCGCAUGCCCCCCUCCAUGGCCCUCACCCCGCCCCAGGGAGAGUUCGACCAGGACUGCAUGGACGUCAACGUCCGAGGACCUGACGGCUUCACCCCUCUGAUGCUGGCCUCGUUCUGCGGAGGCGGUCUGGAGCCCGAGCUCCCCGAGGAGGAGGAGUCAGAGGAGUGUUCCGCCAACAUCAUCUCUGACCUCAUCUACCAGGGCGCCACUUUGGCCGCCCAGACGGACCGCACCGGAGAGACCGCCCUUCACCUGGCUGCCCGCUACGCCCGCGCUGACGCCGCCAAGCGGCUGUUGGACGCCGGGGCCGACGCCAACGCGCAGGACAACACAGGGCGCACGCCGCUACACGCCGCCGUGGCAGCCGACGCCCAGGGGGUCUUCCAGAUUCUGAUCCGAACCCGGGCUACAGACCUGGACUCUCGUAUGUACGACGGAUCCACCGCCCUGAUCCUGGCUGCCCGUCUGGCCGUAGAGGGCAUGGUGGAGGAACUCAUCACCUGCCACGCAGACAUCAACGCUGUCGACGAACUGGGUAAAUCUGCUCUGCACUGGGCAGCUGCUGUCAACAACGUGGAGGCCACCAUGGCCCUGCUGAAGAACGGAGCCAACAAAGACAUGCAGGACCUGAAGGAGGAGACGCCUCUCUUCCUGGCAGCGCGUGAGGGUAGUUGUGAGGCGGUCAAGGUCCUCCUGGCCCACUUCGCCAACAGGGAGAUAACCGACCAUAUGGACCGUCUGCCUCGGGACAUCGCCCAGGAGAGAAUGCACCAUGACAUCGUUCAGCUGCUGGAUGAGUACAACACAGUGAGGAGCCCCCAGGGCCACGGAGGGGCCCCACACCACCUGGCCGGGGGACACACCCUGUCCCCCCUCAUGUGCCCCCCCAGUGCCUUCAUGCCCGGCCUGAAGAACACCCCCCAGGGGAAGAAGAGUCGCCGCCCCGGGGCAAAGGGUUCAGGUCUGGGAGGGCAGCAUGCCCAGAACCUGAAGGAUUCAGCUAAGGCCCGCAACAAGAAGCUGACCCUAGACAUGCAGAGCGCCCUGCUGGAGAGCUCUGUCACCCUGUCCCCCGUCGACUCGCUGGACUCCCCCCGCGGAGGGGCCAACAACGCCGGCUACAUCACCAACCCCUGCUCCCCGGUUGCCAUGCCCUCCUCGGGGCUCUUCCACUCCUCUAUGUCGGUGCCCAGCACUCCCAUGGUGCACAGCAGCAUGAUGGACGGCUCUGGCCCCUUCACUGUGUCUCUGGCCCAGCUCAACGACCUGGGAGAUGGAGGCAUGUCCAUGCAGGGCCGCGUGUCUAUGGCCAGCCAGGUCAACCAGGGCCCCCACGGCUAUGUGCUUAAUGCCGGCCAGCUGGGGCUCAACAUGGGCCUGGUGAGCCCUGUCAGCGUGCCCUUCGACUGGCACAGCCGCAUGCCCUCCUCCUCCCAGUGCGGGGGACAGGUGGUGAACCUGGUCCACAGCAGCCAGGCGGGCAUGCACCCUCAGAGCCCCAUGCAGCAGAACAGCCUCAUGAUGCAGCACCAGCAGAACCUGUACCGCAGCGCCCAGCAGGCCAUGCUGCAGCCCACGCCUGUCAUCGCCAGCACGCCCAUCUCCCACAGCCCUGUCAAGCUGCCCUCCAUCUCAGAGCAGCAGCAGCUCCACAACCACUCCAUGGCCAGCCAGCAGAGCCUCCGCUUGGGCACCUCCUCCCCAUCCACCCCCCAGACGACACAGCCCCCUCCAGCCUUCUUCCAGCAGCAGCAGCAGCCUCCUCAGCCCCAGCCAGCCACUCAGCCCACCUCUCCACAGGCCUCCCAGGCCCCUCCUCCCCAGGCCAGUGGCAGCACUGCAGGCUUGGAGGACUACCCCACCCCGCCCUCCCAGCACAGCUACUCCUCCGCCCUGGAUGCCACCCCCAAGCAUUACCUCCGCCUGUCCAGCGAGCAUCCCUACCUGACCCCCUCCCCAGAGUCGCCCGAGCCCUGGUCCAGCCCCUCCCCCCACUGUGUGUCUGAUUGGUCAGACUCCACCCCCAGCCCGGCAGUGGCCGGUCCUGCCCAAACCCAGAUUCCCCAUGUCCAGGAGUCCAACAGCAAGAUGCAGGUGUUUGCAUGAACCCCCAAGGCACCUGGUUAACACCUGGUUAACAGAGACCUGCCUGGGGGAGAGGAGAGAGGAGACGACUGGCUGUAAAGGCCUGUGUGUCUGGAGUUUAUGCGUCAGCCUGGUUCCAAGAUUUCCAUUGGAUUUUGAUUGACUGUUUUAUCACGAGGACCGUCUGCUAGUGUUGUUUGCAGAGAAAGAGUAAAGGGAAAUGUGUUGUCUGGAUAUAAAAGAACAGACAAUUUAAUGAAGUAAGACUUAUUCUGUCACAGAUGGACUUGUUUUUUUAUUAUUAUAAAAAGUAUAUGAAGAAAUCAAAGUCUUUCAUUUCAAAGACUUAGGGAUGCUCUCCUGAAAAACUAACAAACUUUUUAAAAAGUAGAUAAAAGAAAGAAAAAAGCAACAAUGUUGAAGGGAAUUCCUUUAUUUUUAUUUAUUGUUUGUUUUCUUCUCUCAGAAGUGCCUUUUCAGGUGUUUUCUCAGCCUCAUUCUGUCCUGUCCUCUCACAGUGUUUUCUCAGCCUCAUUCUGUCCUGUCCUCUCACAGUGUUUUCUCAGCCUCAUUCUGUCCUGUCCUCUCACAGUGUUUUCUCAGCCUCAUUCUGUCCUGUCCUCUCACAGUGUUUCACACUCACCUGUUACAUGUCUUGGGCUCACCUGGGUCCAGUGGUGUUACAAGGAAAACGACUAGUGAUUCAGUCACUCUCUCUCCACCCAGCCCACCACCACCACCGCUGUCUAACACUCUGUAGGCAGAUCAACAUGGGGUUCAGACAGGAAGAGGAAGAGAUCCCGCCUCUCUUGACUGAUGUUAUUUAUUUAGGCCAACAGGUAAAACGAUCAGAUUGGCUUGGGAACAAAUAUGUACUCUUUUAAGUUGGCUGUCAUUAGUGAUAUUAUGUUCUGAUUUGAUGAACUAGGAAAAAAAGGAGUGAUUAAGUAUUAUGUGUAAGAAUGUAGAAUGAUGGGCGCCUCUGAAGCACUUGACGGGACAAAGCGAUGGGAGGGAGGGUGAUUGUGAGGUGGGGUUCUGACACUGCAAUGAGGCACUCUGCUUAUCCACACACAAGAGCCAGGAAGGCAUUUAAACAUUCAUUACAGUACGUUCAUUGGCCAGUGUUCAGUCAGACAGACAACAACAAAAACAUUGAUGUGUUAAAAGUUUAAACUUCCCAUUGACUUAAGCUACCUCCCCCAGGGCGUCUGCCUGUCAGUCCCCCAGGCCGUCUGCCUGUCAGUCCCCCAGGCCGUCUGCCUGUCAGUCCCCCAGGCCGUCUGCCUGUCAGUCCCCCAGGCCGUCUGCCUGUCAGUCCCCCAGGCCGUCUGCCUGUCAAUCCCCCAGGCCGUCUGCCUGUCAGUCCCAGGCCGUCUGCCUGUCAGUCCCAGGCCGUCUGCGUGUCAGUCCCCCAGGCCGU